AUGUUGGCUGGCUUGGGCAAUGGCAUCGGUGACGCUGCCUGGAACUCUUGGGUCGGGAGUCUGGCGGACUCUAGCCAUGUCAUCAGUCUGAUGCAUGCUUGUUAUGGUGUCGGCGCUGUCCUCAGUCCAAUGACGGCAACUGUAAUUAUAAGCAAGGCUCAGCUUCCAUGGCACACGUUUUACUACUUCAUGGUGAGAGUCAAGUUUCCACAACGAACGUCUUUCAAGGUUUUGCUAACAGAGUCAUUCCGCAACAAGGCUGGUCUGGCUAUGGUGGAGCUCGUUCUGACUCCCUCUGCCUUCUGGUCCGCUACUGGGGUUGCAUACUGUGAAGAGAAUCCCAAGGGUCCAGAGCCGCGAGAGUCAAUUGUCCACGAGACAUUGUUCAAACUCCCUUCGGCCCGGGUUACUUGGCUAUGCGCAAUAUUCGCCCUUGGUUAUGUCGGACUGGAGGUGUCUCUUGGCGGUUGGAUCGUCACAUUCAUGUUGCAGGUUCGCCACGGAGAAGAAUUUGCCAGCGGUAUGACAGCCACUGGUUUCUGGGCUGGGCUGGCUCUGGGUCGAGUUGCCUUAGGUCUCGUGACCCCUCGAGUGGGCGAGAAGCUCGCAGUCAUGCUAUACCUCGGCGCUGCCGUUUGUUUGCAGCUUUUGUUCUGGCUUAUUCCCCAAUUCUUUGUUUCCGCGAUCACCGUAUCACUCCAGGGGUUCUUCCUCGGACCCCUGUUCCCCACCAUGAUGAUAGCCAUCACGAAGCUACUACCGAGGCACUUACACGUCAGUGCUAUCGGUUUCGCCAUCGGUCUUGGAGGUAGUGGCGCUGCUAUCCUGCCAUUUGUAAUCGGAGCUCAGGCUCAGCGCCACGGUGUGCAAGUCUUAUCGCCGAUACUGCUCGGGGCGCUGGCAUUCUUGUUGUUCACUUGGUCCUUCUUACCCAACUUUGGUCGCAAACAUGAGUGA